AUGUAUAUACGACGAUUUUUUAGAGAACUGUCUACAAAAGCAAGACCUUCAGUAAUACCAGAUAACAAAGUAAUAGAUGACAUUAACAACAAAGUGUAUAAAUUUAGAAAACAUCCAGGUGUUAUGCGACCAAAGACAGUAAUAAUCCCUGAAACAUUUAUAAAGGCAGCUAUAAACGUUUUAGAAGAUUAUCCGGUGAAAUCUCUAAUUGAACCUAGUCAAAAACUUAAAAGGCAUUUAAAAAGUAGAAACGCUCCAUUGGAGAAAGAAGAAUUAAAGGAAAAAGUAAGGGAGAUACAAAGAAGAGUGUUAUCCAAAAAUGAACACAUAAUAAUUAAUACUGAAGAAGACGAAGUCAGAUUUAAACAAAUGAUUCAAAAUAAAACACAGAAAAUUAUUAAUGAAAACAUUUACAACUGGAAACCAAUGAAAUAUGACACGUUUAAUUCAUUGGUAUAUUUAGUAGGAAGAUCUGCAGCUGAAUAUGCAGUGCUGGCAAAAAUAUUUGGUGAAAUUGAAACUAGAGAUCCUGAAUUCAAGCCCAAAAGUUUGUUUGACUAUGGAUCGGGAGUAGGUACAGCCACUUGGGCAGCUAACCUUUACUGGAAACAGUACUUUCUCGAAUAUUUUAAUGUAGAUGCAUCAAGAGAGAUGAAUGAUUUAGCAGAACUGUUGUUAAAGGGUGGUAGAGGUUCAAGUAACUUUUCAUUGAGGGGUGUAUUUUACAGACAGUUUUUACCAGCUACUUCCUUAUCUUAUGAUUUAGUGGUCUCAGCUUAUUCAAUGUUUGAACUCCCUUCCUUGCAGAGUAGAUUAGAAACAGUUGUAAAUUUGUGGAAUAAAACUGAAAAAUACUUAGUCAUAGUGGAACAAGGUACUAAUGCUGGAUUUAAAGUGGUAAAUGAAUUAAGAGACUUUUUGUUACAAGCAAACCAGGAAUCUCGAAAAUGCACUGUGUUCAGCCCUUGCCCUCAUGAUGAUAUCUGUCCUAGAUUUUUAUCAAAGGAUGGUACCCCUUGCAAUUUUGAAGUUGCUUAUUAUUCUCUUCCAAUUGGAGCAACUUCAGAUUUAAAAAAUGAACUGUAUUCGUAUGUAGUCUUAAAAAAAUGUAAGAGUGGUGCCAUAAAUACAGAAAUUAAAUGGCCUAGAUUAGUUCGUCCAACUUUAGUCAGAUCUAAACAUACAAUUUGCAGGAUGUGUUCCCCUAGAGGAAAACUAGAAGAAGUUAUUUUUACAGCUUCAAAGCAUGGAAAAGUCAUGUACCACUGUGCAAGAUCAACCAAAUGGGGUGAUUUAAUUCCAGUUUGUUUUAAAGACAAUGUAAAUCUAACAAGUGAUAAAGAAUAG